AUGCCUCUCGGGAUUCACAAUCCCUUACCCUCGUCUCUAGGAAGCGAGUGUAGAAAGGCUGGUAAAAUUCUCGCGUCCUUUGUUGAUCCACGACAAGCCUUUGGUCCCGACAAGGUCAUUCCUCCUGAGAUUCUCGCCGGUGCAAAAGGUCUUGCUGUCCUCACCGUUCUCAAAGCUGGCUUUUUGGGAUCGGCUCGUUUUGGUUCCGGAAUCGUCGUCGCCCGUCUAGCUGAUGGAACGUGGUCCGCUCCAUCGGCGAUUGCCACGGCAGGAGCUGGGUUCGGAGGUCAGAUUGGGUUCGAGUUGACCGACUUCGUCUUCAUUCUCAACGAUGCGGCUGCCGUACGGACCUUCUCGCAAGUAGGAACCCUCACAUUGGGUGGUAACGUUUCCAUUGCUGCUGGACCUGUUGGGCGCAAUGCCGAGGCUGCCGGUGCUGCAAGCACCAAAGGUGUCGCUGCCGUGUUUUCAUACUCCAAGACGAAGGGACUCUUCGCGGGUGUUAGUUUGGAGGGAAGUAUGUUGGUUGAACGUAAAGACGCAAACGAAAAGCUUUACAACAGCCGCGUAUCAGCCCGUCAGUUGCUGAGCGGUACAAUCCGGCCUCCCCCUGCCGCAGAGCCCCUUAUGCGGGUGUUGACCUCCCGCGCCUUCUACGGCAAUGCCAGGAUGCAGGGUGACUCCAUGUACAAUGACAUCCCUAUCUACGACGACCGUCACGAUGAUGUUGUAUGGGAGGGACGUCGGGGAGAGGCAUAUGGAGAGGGAAUGCGGCGCGAACGCACCGGUUUUAACGAUAGCAGCGAUGACUAUGAGUAUCGCGAUCGUCCGCGUCGUGCGAACACGUGGGCUGACGAUGUCUACGACCGGCCGGCUGGGAACCUUGGCCGCUCCGCCACCACCCGUUAUGGUCGCAACGACAACUUCGACAGCUUUACCACCCGCAGUCGGAGCAACACUGCGCCCUAUGAUGACGACUAUGUGUACUCAGAUCGCAAGCCAUCCCGACCCACAGCGCCUAAGCCCGUCUUCGGCCAGCGGACGGGCGGAGCUGCAUCGCUGCGUCAAGACCAGGCAAUCGCUCUAUACACCUUUGAUGCGGACCAGGAAGGAGACCUGGGAUUCAAGAAGGGCGACAUCAUCACGAUUCUCAAGCGUACGGAUAAGGCAGAGGACUGGUGGACUGGGCGCAUUGGCGACAGAGUUGGUAUCUUCCCGAGCAACUAUGUCGACGCUUCGUAA